AUGCAAUUCGAUGAAGAUAUUGUGCCCCUCAUGGAGAAGAUGAAUGCUGCAUUGGAUCGAGUGCAUCAGUGCCUCCUUCCGCUUCUCUCGUCCCUAGACGAGGAUAUGUUGGUUUCCAAUUACACUGUGGAUGAGCAAGCUCGUAUUUCCCUUUCAGCCGCCUCCGCGUUGCUGUUUCUUACGUAUGCUCACGACAGACUUCUCAACCGAGCUCAGGGGGCGGGGGAGGAUCAGCAGUUGAUGCUUAAAAUUAACCGUGUAACGGAGUACAUUGGCAAGUUACGGGAAAUAACAUCAUUGGAAUGUAAACCUCGGUCAAGUAAGGGACAGACACAACAGGAAGGACAUGAUGGUGAUGUUAGCGAAGUUAGAAACCGCAAGAGGGAACGCGGUGAGCCGCCUGAGAAAGCUACAAAGUACGCGAAGGUCGAUGAUGGGCGCGCUAGUAAGGGUGGAGCUUUGGAGAAUGUGAAAGCCGAUGGGGAAGAUGCUUCGGUGGACCCCUACGGUGAUGCGAUUCUAUUCAAAGAAAUAGAACGCAAAGGAGGCAAAACAUCUGCUUUAGUGCAGAACUUGUUGCAGCACGUUACGGGAACUAACAACUCCUGA